CAAUAAUGAAAGGCCAGUUAAUAAAUAAGAGGAACUUAACCUUAUUUUACAAUGACAGUUGUUCUUGUUAUGUCACAAAUUUAACAUUUCAAUUUUCAAUAACUCACAAAAUGUCCCAAAUAAAAUUAUUGGCUCAGCUUUCUGAAAAAAUAUUGCUUAGACAACAAACUUGUCGAGUAGGAGCAAGAUGUAUGUCUGACUGGGUACCAAAAGAAAAGGAAACCCACACUGGACAGAAAUGGGAUGCAAAUGAUUAUAGAUUGUCCAGAUUUGUGGACAGGCCAAAACAUGUUAAUCCAAAUUUUGCAAUUAAUUUAAUAGAUGAAGUUCCACCAAAAGCUUGUGUAGAACGUGUUGUUUGCUGUGAUGGUGGCAGUGGUCCUACUGGUCAUCCUAAAGUGUACAUUAAUUUGGAUAAACCUGGAAACCAUGCCUGCGGUUAUUGUGGAUUAAGAUUUUACAGAGAUAAACUUCACAUUUAAAUGUUAUACAUGAAUUCUGUUUAUAAUUAAGUAGUUUUUAAAAAUUCUUGAUUCAUUCAAAUAUUAUGUAAAUAAUACACAUGUUAAAUAAAUCUACAAUUAUGGAUUUCACAAGUUAUAUAUUCUUUGAAAGAGCUGUAGAACUACUAAAGGUAGAGACAAAUUAAAAAGAAUUAAAAGCUUUAAGGUUAUGUUAAA